GAUUCAGAGGAAGAACUCCUAUAGAUAAAAGUCGUGAGGGUCCUAUGAGCAACCUUUAUACGGCAACAGUGUUCAUCAGAUUAUUGCUAGAUAUUUCUACCUUUUGGACGCAACUUCUGAUAUCUCUGGCAGUGGCAUUAGAACGUUUUGUUAAUAUUUCAUUGGGCGCUGAAGCCAACAACAUCAUGAGACCAUCUCGACGGAAAAAGUUUUAUGCUGCCAUUGGCAUUGCCUGUUUGUUUGUCCCUGUCGUCAUUUUUAUCGAUUUCGUUAUCAAUAUGGAACAGUUUCGAACCGACAACAAAAAAGACAUUUCUGAUGGUAUUUCGACAUGCGCCAACUGCCUUCGAUAUAAAAUUCAGCAGAACCUAAGACCCGGGUUGCCAAUUUCUCUGGUUGUUAUUGUUUUGUGCGCCUAUCUAUACAUCAGAUGUGCUAUCACAUUGAAGAAGUCAACUAUCACUCGAAAAGGACUGUUAACUAAAGCUUUUGCUGCUAUUCUGUUCUUCUGGAUUGUCAUGGUUUUGCCACAUGUAAUAUUCAUUGACUUUUGGAUGAAAGGAGGGUUCUUUUGCAUUUUCUAA